ACAGCAUGGUUGCCUUGUCUACACGUCCCUUCUCGCAGGUGUGAAUGCUGCACCCUUCCUCUCGGGUUUACAAUUAUCUUCUUGGUCUUGGUCACUGCCGUUGGUGUACCACUUCCCUCGAGGGUGCAGCCCACUUCUCCCCUCCUCCUCCCCCUUCUUUCCACCAUGAUGACAUCACCCAGGGGAAGAGAAGCUGGGCAGAGCUCCUCACUUUCAGCUAGCUUCAGUUUCCUCAUCGGCACCAUGAUGUCAUCUCUACCCUGGAAAUUCCACUGGCCCUCCGGUGCUCCCACCUCUGUUCCAGUCCCCAGAGUUCCUAUAAAGAGGGGGUCCCAGCUCAGCAUCAGCACAGAACACAGUCGGGUUCUGAAGCUUCUGGGCACUUCAGUCUCAGCUCCAGGAAAGCCUCUUCUCUGCCAAGACCAUGAAGCUCUGUGUGACCGUUCUCUCUCUCCUCGUCCUCACGGCUGCCUUCUGCUCUCCAGCGCUCUCAGCACCAAUGGGUUCCGACCCUCCUACCUCCUGCUGCUUCUCCUACAUCCAGCGGAAAGUUCCUCGAAACUUUGUGGAGGAUUACUACGAGACCAGCAGCCUUUGCUCCCAGCCCGCUGUGGUAUUUCAAACCAAAAAGGGGAGACAGAUCUGCGCCAACCCCAGUGAGCCCUGGGUCCAGGAGUACAUUAAUGACCUGGAACUGAACUGAGCUGCUCCAGGCACAGGGGCAAGUCACCUGAGCCUGAUGCUUCUCCGUGAGACCCACCUUCUCCACCUUCACCACUUCUCUCAGUAGACCCUGUUCCGUCUCUCAAUUUAAUCUUUAUUAUGUGCUGUUAUUGUUAUUGUAUUUUUUAUUAUUUGUGUUAUUUUCAUAAUUUAUGUUGGUUUUGUUAAAGGACAUAUGUCCCCCGUGGGGAUGGUCCACCAUCAUUUUCUCUGCUAUUGCGGAUACAUGGGUAAUGCAGUCGAUGCCAUGUGUUUUCAUAAUAAAACUUAAAAAAA